AUGACCCGAAGCCCAGGCCGCUCACGAGGCUCAAGAGAGCGGUCCUGUCGAUGGUGCAAAGUGCAGGCCAGUGCCUCAAAGGAGAUGCUGAGAAAAAUGAACUCAAGCAUCUUGCCAACAAGAAUCUAAAGUUGUCUCCAGAUGGGAAGAGACAACUCCUCAAGCUUGGAAAUGGCUGGAGCAGGGCCGAUGUGCAGCUCUGGCUGAAGGUGAACGGCCUGGAGGAAUUUGGUGAGAAGUUCGCCAACUUCGACGGGAAGCGGCUGCUGCAGCUGCUGAACGUCGACCAGGAGAUGCGUGGCCUCUUCACCAAGGUGAAGGAUGACCUCCGCAAGCUGUAGGAGAAGAGGGCGGCUAAAAGAUGGUGGUGGGUGGGGCUGCAUAUAAUCCAGAUGCCCCAUGUUUAACAUUUCUGAUUUUGCAGCAAGUCAAAUUUGCUCUAUUAGCACUUGGAUUUGAAGACCAUUCCUAUAUCAUGGGCUUUUUUAAGGUGUACCUUUGAACAAACUCCUGUGAGAUUUACAUUUUAAUCAAUAUUUUUCAUUGAAAUAAUGGAGCUCAAAUUCUUGCUAAGAAAAAUAAUGUUACUCGCAUCAUAUUGCACAUUUUACUUAUCGAAGUAGUGGUAUAAUGGGUGAUCCCGUUGCAUUAACUUUUUUUUAUAGGAUAGUAAAAUAAGCAGUUGAUUUCUUAAUUGAUUCGUGGGAAUUCUUGACAUUAAGAGCACUCGGAGGUUAGAGGGCUCAAUUCUUGUUGGUCAACAUCCCUUUUUGUGCCUUUUUUUGUGAAACCAUUCUGAUGUGUCCACUGCUAGAAAUGUGACAAACCGACACCCAAGAUGUGAAUCCCGUACAAAGUGGCUCAUUGCUCAAGCAAGCAAUGGGGGUGAAUCUGUGACGAUCUCCUUGAAACCCAUGUAAUAAAUUCCACAUUCCCGAUGGCAUCUUGCAGUGACUGAAUUAACUGUUAAUGUGUGGCGCAAAAAAGUUACAUGUGAAAGUUAUAUUCAGCUCUCGGUAAUGAAUGGUUUGCCCACCCCUGCAAUAGGAAAUCCAUGUGAUUACCAACAAAGUGGUACUCUUCCCUGGAGGAAUGAUAGAUUGAGAGCACUAAACAGCCAUUACAUCCAGCGUGGGAAUUUCCAGCCGAAAAUUAAAAUGCGAUGUGCUUAGUUUCAGGUGUGUCAGGAUUCCUUCACCAAAAUUUAUCUUACGUUUUUAUCAGUUUUGCUCACUUUCGUUUUUACCAUUUGUGGGCUUUUUCUAAGGUUACAAGGGAUGAAACAUAGUAAAAAAUGGUAUUCAUACAUUUUAACCAAUUUAAAUUUACUGUUGCAAGUGGUGAGAUGUCUCUAAAUGCCAACACUUAAGACACUAGAAAUUGACAGUGCUUAGCAAAAGGAAAUUUAAUGCUGGUAUAGUUUUUGUCUUUGUACCUGUUGGACUUCUUCGCACCAUUAAUAGCCAGCCGUGUUAAUCGGAGAUGCGGAGGAGGGACAACAAACUAAACAUAAAGCAACCACAAAACACACUUCAUUGUGGUGGUUUUAUGUUUAUUAUGUAUAAUUCAUUAAUCCAGUAUUCUUUCUGCAGUACAAACGUGGGUACCAAAAUAAAACAUUACCAUUUACUGAAAUAUCA